GUAGCCUGAGGAAAGACGGAGCCCUCGGGAGUCAAUCUCGCCCCGGCCCCACCGAAGCCGACGAAGCACCGGCCCCCCCGGCCGCAGACCACCUGUAGACAGACCGCCGCCUCCCCAAACAAGUUGCCUCGGGGACAAGGAAGACCCCAAAUCACAGUAGCGGCCCCCCACGAUAGGCUUCCAAGCCCCUAAAGGGACCUGCUUAGCCUGCCGGCCCAGAGUACGGACUGCCGACGACGAAGGAGAUGUCCAAGAUAGUUCUGUGUGAGCCGACGGAGCUUUACAACAUCCUGAACCAGACCACGAAGCUCUCUAGGCUAACAGAACCCAACUACCUCUGUUUACUGGAUGCCCGUACCCGGAGGGAAUACAAUGAGAGUCAUGUGAUCACCGCCCGGAGGGUGAAGCAGAAGGGGAACGAAUACCUGCCUCCGGAAUCGGUUGACCUGGAGUGCGUGAAGUACUGCGUCAUAUACGACGGUAACACGAGCUCCCUGGAGGACUUCUGUGACCUGGAUGAAGACGAGGAGGAGGAGGACGAGGGAGACGACGAGGAUUACCAAGGGCCUGUCCUGGGGGCGGCCGUCGAAUGUGCCCGAGUCCUGAAACACAUCACUUGCCACCCGGUCUACAUCCUCAAGGGCGGCUAUGAGCGAUUCUCCUCCGCCUACCACUUCCUCCGCUCCCAGAAGGAGUUCUGGUUGCCCCAGGAACUGGACGCAUUCCAGCCGUAUCCCGUGGAGAUCGUGCCGGGCCAGAUAUUCCUGGGAGACUUCAGGCAGGCCUGCGAUCCGCAGAUCCAGAAGGAUCUGAAGAUCAAAGCCCACGUCAACAUCUCCCUGGAAGCGGGACCCUUUUUCACAGAGGACAAAAACAAACUCCUUCACAUCGCCGUGGAUGAUUCGCCCGAGGAAGACCUCCUGUCCUCCUUUGCCUACAUUUCCCAUUUCAUAGAGGCUCACGUCGGCCUGGGGUCGGUGAUCCUGGUUUUCUCGAGGAGGGGCAUAAGUCGAAGCUGUGCCGCCAUCGUGGCCUACCUCAUGCACAAGGAACGGCAGACCUUGAAGAGGUCGUGGGCGCAGCUGCUGAAGUGCAAAGCUAACAUGCGGCCCAACCGGGGCUUCGUGCAACAGCUGUCCGACUGGGAGAAGAGGAUCCACGGGACCACCAUCACCGACAUCUCCGACCCGCGCUACUGACUCCUCCCGGCCGGGGACCGGGGGGUUCCCUCCCCCUCCCCCAGACCACUACUUUUUCCCCGGCGAAGGGGCCGACCGCCCCCUCUCCCCAGCGCCCCCUCGCCUCUUCCUCCUCGGCACUGAGGGUCCCCUCCGUCCCCGGGUUAUAGAUCCAAACGCCCCUUUCUCUCCGCGCCCCUCCGUUUCAUCCCCCGAACCGACGACCUCUCGCCAAGUCGGGGACUGGGGGGGGGCGGACACCCUGUUAGGUUUUCCCAACCAGAUGAGACCCGCUCCCGAUGAGGAAGCCCCCACCUCCCCAACCGCCCCCAGCCCUAUCGGCCGGGUACCUGGAGCGGAUCGGCCAGCUCAAGACCCGCUCUCCACUUGGCACCGGCCCACGUCGUCCCAGCCUCUGUCUGGUCCUCCCCGCAGAGUAGGCCCCCGAUCUCCGAAUUGAGCUGGAGUGGGGUGGGGGGCUCCCAAAGGCCCGUGCCCUCACCCCCAUCCGCCCCAGGCUGGUGACGUGGGCUACUGGGUAGUCAGACCAGGGGCCAGACCCGCCUUGACACUCCCCAGCCUCCCCCCUCUCCUGGCAUCAUUUCCGUCGGAGCAGCCCCCGUCUAGGGCCCAAACCUCUGUUACCCGUGAUUAUCGACCUCUCGCUCCCCCUUCCCCACCAGCCGCCAUUUUGCAAUUUCAGACCCAGAGCCAAGGUUGGGGGGAAUUGGGGGGUCGGUGGGGAGGACCCAGCCUCGACUUUCCUCACCCUCUCCUUCUACCCACCCUCAACUUUCCUCCCCCUCUCCUUCUACCCACCUGUUGCUUGGCUGCUCAAUAAAAUGAGUGCUCGGCUC